UGCAGUACAGCUGGUUCCCACACUUUGGGAAACUGCUCAGCUCUGCUCUCCUGAUAUGGACAUGGAUAUAAAAAUCGAGUUUUUUGGCUUUGGGUUGACCUGUGCAGGCUGGUUUUGCACUAUCCUCACAAGAUUUCUGCCCAUGUGGAACGUAAGUGGCACGUUAGACAACACCACAACAACACUUCCAUUGUACUGGGAUGGAGUGUGGCUAAACUGGCAACACCACACGACUGGCAGCCUGCACUGCAACUUCUAUCAGUCUCUCCUGCCUCUAACUGAGCAUUUCACCGCCUGGAAAAUCCUCCUCAUUGCGUCUAUAGGAACGGGAUUUCUCGCAAUGGCAGUUUACCCUGUAGGAUGGAUAAGAUAUCCAAAGAACGUACGGUUUAAAGCAGCUUCCGGGCCGACAUUUGUGAUUGGAGGGCUGCUGUUACUGGUGGUGGUCUCUUGGGCUACACAUUUAACAGAGGGGGAUUUGGACAUUGGUGUCUCCCUGACACGGGAGUGGGGAGCAGCGAUCUUCAUUGGCUGGGUGGGCACGGCGCUGCUUAUGGUGGGUGGUGGCGUGCUGAGCAUUAUUUGCUUUAAAGAAGUGCGGAAGCGAAGAGAGGAAAGGAGACUAGCAACUUCAGAGCUCGGGUUAGAGGAUCCACUUCGCACCAUAAACAGUUCUGCUUUCAUACAAACUCCCCUUACCAGAUGAAUGGAUUCAUUUGAUGUAUUUUGACAAGGAACGUCGUGGCAUCUAUAUUCAGAGAACAAGGAUUGGCCAUGUUGAAUUUUUCUCAUUUAGGGCUACGGUUAACAGUUGCUAUUUUGAUAUAAAGUGUGCUUAACGAUUACCUUAUAUUUAGUGAUAGACCAAAAUAUUGGCCAGACCAAUUAGUCGACUGGUAUUUGGCCAGUUUCAGAUUAUAGGCAUUGGCCGAAUGGUCAAUUACAUGCAGUCAUUUUGUUGGUUCCAAAAUUAUGACCUUGUUAAUGCAUAGUGCAGUUUAAAAAUAUAGAUAUUUUCAAACAUUUUGGAGUAAAUAUUGUUUAAAUAAGUUUAUUUAAAGCUAUUUAAGAAUAAUAAUAUAUUUACACUACCGGUCAAAAGUUUUGAAACACUCAUUCUUUAUUAUAAUUGUAUUUUAUUCUUCACAUUUUAGAAUAAUAGUAAAGUCAUCAAAACUAUGGAAUAACAUAAAUGGAAAUAUGAGAAUUAUGUUGACAAAACAAAAUCCAAAAUAAAUUAAAUCUGUUAUAUUUGAUCAUCUUCAUAGUAUUCCCCCUUUGUCUAGAAUUUGCAGAAAUGAACUCUUGACAUUUUCUCAAGCAAUUUCUUGAGGUAUCACGCUGGGAUGCUUUUAAACAGUAUUGAAGGAGUUCCCAUCUAUGUUGGGGACUUAUCGGCUGCUUUUCUUUAUUAUUUGGUCCAAGUCAUCCAUUUCAAAAACUUUUUUUUAUGUAUUUAUUAUUUUUUGUUUUAUAAUGAAAUAAAUGAAUAUAGUGGCUUAAAUUUCCAACAUUUCAGCAUACGCCCUCAGAUCAAAAGAUUAUUAAGAUCAUGAGAAACAUUUCAGUCAAGUGUUUCAAAACUUUUGACCGGUAGUGUAUAUAUAUACAAACAAUUGACCAUUCGGCUAAUAUAUAUAUAAUUAUUAUUGCAGGGAUUUUUCUUAACUUGCAACUAAGUUGCUUUGUUUUUAUUGACACAUUGUUUGUUGUUACAUUCAAGUUCUGUCUAGCAAUAUUCCUGUUAAAUUACAUAAAAUAUUUCUAUUAUUUUAUUUACUGUUUUAAGAUUAUUCAUUUGCACAAUAGGCAGAAUUAUGCCUUUUUUUUGCCUUCCUUUUUAUGAUUUAUUUUUUAAAGUCUGUUACAGUCGUGGAAGUGGUAAUGCAAUUUUUGCUAAUAGAAAUAAUAUUAUCAGGCCUUUGCACAUAUGCGUGUACUGGACUUCAAGGUCUAAUUUAUUAUGACAUUAAUAAAUAAACUCAGCAUAAAAUAAGAAACGUAAAUAUAACAUGUAUGUAUUAAGGAUACUGAAACUGGGAAAACACUGGUUGAAACCUGUUUGGAAAGUUGUUUAUAAAGGUAACUGUCCAGAUGCCAACGUCUCAUGAGAUUCACAUUUGCUGUUAUUAAGGUUAGGGUGUCUGUGUGUGAAUGAUGCAUGUGACUCUGCCAAGACUUUAAGCACAAUUGAGGUUCUCAUGUAAACGUGUACCACUGUAAACGAGUGCUCAUUAUCAUGCAAUAGAUGUCAAGAUUCUUGUUGAAAAAUGACUUCAAUUCCAGUUUGUUUCUCACUAUAAACUUUCGUAUGCCUUCUGAAGACUUGCAAUACUUACAAACACACUUUGGUUCUGGAAACAAAUCGUGUGGCAACCCUCUAUCUUUGUGGCUUAUAAAAGCCUUUCAUUGCUUUAAUGAACUUUUUGAAACCCCUGGCUUUCUGUUUAAAACUGUUUUUUGCAUGUUUUAUUUUACUGUAGGUUCAUUUGUUCUCUUGUUUUAAUAAAGGAGUUGCAAUAAAAGA